CACACACACACACGCACACACAGACUGUGACACUUCAACAGACGGAGACUGGGUGCUUUGGCAGCAGGGACACGGCAGCUCUGUAUUUUGAGCAGAACUCCGAGGAGUAAACACGCGAUGAAAUCAGUUUUGGCCGCCUGUUUGCUGCUGCUUUGGACGCUGACAGCACCCGUCAGCUGUGAUCCAGAGAUUGUAGUGACCGAAGUCUUUAAUGGGAUUAAGCUGCGUUGUACCGCUAAUUAUCUCAUAAAUUCUAAAGAUGAGGAAUUGCUGGAAUACAAAGAUGAGAACACAGGGGAGUACACGUUUUGGAAGGAUGACCAACAAUUACAAAUCUUUAUGAAGUUUCGAACCUGUGAUAACUGCGUCGAGCUGGACACGGCUUCAAUAACAGGAAUGGUUGUAGGAGACGUGGUGGCUACCAUUGUGAUCGGAGUGGCCGUCUAUCUCAUUGCUUCUCUGAAUCGGAUCGGUCCAGUCACCUCUCCCAAGAAAAGCUCUGACAGACCGCGUCGCACUCCAAAUGAAGGGAGCAGAGGCCCCAAUGAUACCUACCAGCCUCUGAAGAAAGGCCACAGAGACACGUACGAUGUGCUGAGAAAAUAGACCCUGACCCCCCCGCAGCUGAAAACAUACUCGCCACAUUAUCCUUUCACCUCAAACCUCUGCAGCAGGGUGUAAUGGGUGACACUCAUCCAUAAUACUAUAUGCAUGGUAUGAUACCAUUUUAGCUGUUGUCAUUUCCUUUCGCUAUGCCUGUAAUAUCGCUCUCAGUCGUCACGUAAUGAGUGACUUGUUAACCUGUUUCUGUAUUUAUCAGUUCUUAUUUUGGUAGCAUUUUAACCGGCCAGUGUGGUAUUUUCAUUCAUUAUCUAUGUUUUUCUCUUCCUAUCCUGCGAGGAGCGCUACAACAGCCGGCACGUAUCAUGACGUAGAAAUGAAGUUUUUAUUUUAACGAAACUGAAAUUAUCGUGAUGCAAAAUAAAAAUGAAUAAUUGAGGAACACAAAAUGUGCUGUUUUGUCAUGUUGUAUCCAGUGUUGGAAAGUAAAGUACAUUUACUCAGGUGCUGUACUUGAACUUGCUACUUCUACACCCAUGCAUUUCAGAGAGAAGUAUUGUGCUUUGUAAUACUACAUUAGCUUGACAACAAUGAGUAGUAACUUUUUAGAUUAAGAUUAUACUUGAAAAAUAUAUUUAAAAAAACCACAACGCUCUGUUUAAGACUGACCUAAUGGCAUGUUUGGUUUGUGACCACUUAUAAAAAGAAAGCUUCACCUCAACCAGCUAACACAGUAAACGGCUGCUUAUGCAUUGGUGCAUUCAUAGAUGCUUUAUAAGGCAUUUAUGCCUUAUAAAGCAAAGCUCCUGGUUAGUUUCAGUCAUAUAUUUACAAACGUUUUAUAUACA